AUGAAAGAAAAAUUUGAAAAAGAUUCAAAUAUUUUGAAUGAAGAAAAGUCUAAACUCAAGGAAGAAAUUGAAAAUAUUAAAAAAGAGCAUAAGGCACAAAAAGAGGAAUAUGACCGUAAAAUGCAUGAAAUGGAAGAAUUGCUGCUGGAGAUGCCUGCAGAUACGACUGAAUCUAGCUCUACUGCAAAUGUUAGCAGUCCUGUGCCACCACCCCAACCUAUGCCAUCCAUUAAUAACUUAUUAAAUGAAAUAGAAAUCAAACAAGCAAUUAUUGAAGAAUUAGUAGCAAAAUUAAAAAAAAAAGAGGAACAAUUAGAAUAUUAUCAAAAUGCAUACCUUUUAAAGACAGAAGAAUUUGAGGAUUAUGUUGAAAAAACACAAGCAGCACAAAAUUUGUCAUUACUACCUAUUACCAGUGAUAUUAUGGAUUUGUUUGAAAUAUCAGCUAUUGAACAACUUAUAGCACAACUGGAAAGAACCAUAAUUGAAAGAACUACAGAACGAGAUGCGGCACAUCAAAGAGCAACAGAAGCAGAAGCAAAAUUGGUAGCAUUUUCUAAGGAAAAAAUGAAUUGGGGAAGUGGAUAUGAUACAUCAGUUAAGAAAUUAAAAGUACAAGUUCAACAUCUACAAGAGCUAUUACAAAUGGAACGAAAAGCAAAUUUGAGAAAAUUAAGUUGUGAGAACAAUAAACAUGAAAAACUUUGUAAUCAGGUCGAAUUAUUAACUAGAGAAAAUACCAAGUUGAAAUCAGAACUAAUUAUUUCUGAAAAGAUUAGAGAAUUGACACAUGAUAACACAUUAAAAAUUUUAAAAAAAGCAAACAAGUCCAGUUUAAUCAUAGACAAUAGUAGUAAUGAUGAUAUAGUUGAGAUAAAAAAAUCAAUCACUGAUAAAGAAAUGGAGAUUAACGUGUUGAAAGGAAAAUGUAUAGGACUUGAAAGUGUGAUUAAGAAGCAACGUGAAUUGUUAGCAUCAGUUAUUCCAUCAGUUUUUAAUGAUGGUGAUAAUUCACUAAAAAGUGUUGACAAAGCUCUUUCCAAUGGAAAGGAAGAGGAGGAAGUUAAUGAUCCUAUAAUAGCUGAAGAGAUGGAAGCACAAUUAUUAAAUCGAGAAAAGAAAUUACAAGAAGUUAUUGACGAGACCAAAAGACAUGGUGAAGUACAAAUAGAAAGGUUAAAAUCAAAAUGGAAUCUCAAUUCAUAA